AUGUCCAUGCGCCUCCCUCUGAAGAACGAACAGUAUGCCACGCUCUUCAGUGUGUACGCCCCGACUCUCCAAGCUGAACCUGCAGAAAAAGACAGGUUCUACUCGGAGCUCCGAGGCCAUCUCCAAAGCAUCCCUGCAGAUGACAAGGUAAUAAUCCUUGGUGAUUUCAACGCCAGAGUGGCUCAAGAUGUAGAUGCCUGGAAAGGAGUUCUUGGCAGACACGGCGUUGGAAACUGCAAUGACAAUGGGCGCUUGCUAGUGAUGCCCAGUGCAGAAUGUCGCACGGACCAUCUACUAGUGCGUUGCCAACUCAGGAUGCACUUCACACCCAAACCAAGGAAGGGAGGGACCCCCACUAAAAAGUUCGAUCUCAAGAAGCUUCAGUCAGCUGAAGUGAAAGCUGACUUUCAGGCAGGCCUACAGUCUAAGCUUGAGAUCGACGACUGCCCAGAAGACACUCUGGGAUCAACUGAAGACUGCCAUCCUGCAAACAUCCGAAGAAAUUCUGGGGUUUACCAGCAAGAGGAACAAAGACUGGCCCACCUGGCUCAGCCAUCAUGUCCUGUGAAGAAAGCUGCCUUCCGUCUCAUUUGCAGCAACCUCCAGCGCAAGCUUCGAGAGAUCCAGAACAAGUGGUGGACUAACCUCGCAGAGAAAACCCAGCUUUGCGCAGACACUGGUGAUUACAGAGGCUUCUAUGAAGCCUUUAAGGCAGUAUAUGGUCCUACUCACCACGUCCAGAGUCCUUUGCGCAGUGCAGAUGGACAGGCGCUCUUCACAGACAAGACUUCCAUCCUGAACCGUUGGUCCGAGCACUUUCAGGCCCUCUUCAGUACUGACCACGUCGUCCAGGACUCAGCAGUUCUCUGCAUUCCUCAGAAACUAGUCAUAGUGGAACUGGAUGAACUACCAUCUAUGGAAGAAGUUUCAAAAGCCAUAGAGCAGCUGAAGAGUGGCAAGGCAGCAGGAGUUGAUAGGAUACCACCAGAGAUCUGGAAAGAUGGGGGACCAGCACUACACAGCAAGCUCCACGAACUCCUUGUCUGUUGUUGGGAGCAGAGCAAGCUUCCAAGAGACCUCUGUGAUGCAGUCAUCAUCACUUUGUACAAGAACAAAGGAGAAAAGUCGGACUGCUCCAACUACCGGGGGAUAACACUGCUCUCUAUCGCGGGAAAAAUCCUCGCCCGAGUGCUUCUGAACAGAUUGGUACCCACCAUCGCUAAAGACCACCUCCCAGAAAUCCAAUGUGGAUUCAGGACCAACAGGGGCACCACAGACAUGGUGUUCGUCCUGAGGCAGCUCCAAGAGAAAUGCCGGGAGCAGAACAAAGGGCUGUACAUGACGUUUGUGGACCUGACGAAAGCGUUUGACACUGUGAGCAGGAAGGGGCUAUGGAUGAUCAUGGAACACCUUGGCUGCCCCCCAAAGUUCCUCAGCAUGGUCAUCCAACUGCACGACGAUCAACGCGGCCAAGUCAGGUUGAACAGCGACCUCUCAGAGCCCUUCCCCAUCGUCAAUGGCGUGAAACAGGGUUGUGUCCUGGCACCUACUCUGUUCAGCAUCUUCUUCAGCAUGAUGCUCAAGCAGGCCACUGAAGACCUUGAAGAUGACGAAGCUGUGUACAUCCGCUAUCGCCUUGACGGCAGUCUGUUCAACCUCAGGAGACUGCACGCCCACACAAAGACACUUGAGCAGCUGAUCCGUGACCUCCUCUUUGCUGACGAUGCUGCCCUCGUUGCCCACACCGAAAGAGCCUUGCAGCUCCUAACGUCUUGCUUUGCAGCGGCUGCGCAGCUCUUCGGACUUGAGGUCAGUUUGAAGAAGACAGAGGUCCUCCACCAGCCUGCACCCCGGGAAGAGUACCGCCCUCCUCACAUCACUAUUGGCGAAACUGAGCUGAAAGUAGUUCACCAGUUCACCUACCUGGGGUGUACCAUCACAUCAGAUGCCAAGAUCGACAGGGAAGUUGACAACAGACUAGCCAGGGCAAACAGAGCUUUCGGCAGACUCUACAAGAGAGUCUGGAACAACAGACAACUGACAAAGGGUACGAAGAUCAGCGUCAACAGAGCCGUCGUACUCACCACCCCGCUGUACGGCUCCGAGUCAUGGGUAACAUACCGUCACCACCUACGACUCCUAGAGCGCUUCCACCAGCGCUGUCUCCGCACCAUCCUCAACAUCCAUUGGAGUGACUACGUCACCAACGUUGAAGUUCUCGAACAGGCAGAGAUCUCCAGCAUUGAGGCUAUGCUGCUGAAGUCGCAGCUUCGCUGGGCAGGGCACGUCUCUAGAAUGGAGGAACAUCGCCUGCCAAAGAUAGCUCUGUACGGCGAACUCUCCACAGGCCACCGUGACAGAGGUGCACCGAAGAAACGCUACAAAGACUCCCUCCAGAAAUCCCUCGGUGCUUGCCAAAUUGACCACCGACAGUGGUCGACACUCGCUGCUGACCGCCAGGCCUGGCGCCACACUGUUCACCAGGCCGUCGCCUCCUUCGAGGACUCCCGCAGGUCUAACCUGAAGGAGAAACGCCGGACGAGGAAGGACAGGGAAGCCUCAGUAGCUGUACCAGACUAG